AUGGAGAUAUCUGAAAAGAAAUCAAAGAAGUCGAAGAUAGCUGAUGUUGGGUCUUUGGAUACAAAAGUCAAGUCUUCAAAGAAAACAAAGCAGACGAAUAAGAUGAAGUCAAAGAGUAAGCAAAGAUCAUCAGGUACGAAUGUUGUUCGUAAAACACAAGUAUCUCAUCAAGGGCUGAUUUUUCGGGAAAUUCAUGCCCCUGCUUCUCCAUCAUCAAAGAAGAGAAUGGCUACUGACAUGGCUAAGCAUAUUUCUAAGAAGAAGCAGCGUAAGUUGGUUCUCUCUUCUGAUUCUACAGCUGAUGAGAUAGAAGUUAUUCUAGAGACUCCAGAAAAAGUUCUUAUCAACGAAUCUUCUAAUGCUGAUACUUCAGUGACUUAA